AUGGACGUAUCUUCAUCGAUUGCUGAACAAAUUCGUCAAAUAUUAUCUACAAACAUAGUCAAAUCAAAUAUUGCAACUGUAGAAACCAAUUCACAAUCUGUCAUGACAAAAACUUCGUCCGAUAAAUUACUCAAUAUUGUCAAAGUGGAAAAUACAAAUAUUUUACAAUCAAAUAAUAAUGUUACAGACGCAGCAAAAGAAUAUGUUCAACAACAGCAACAGAAAACACAAUCUUCUUUCUCGCGUCCAAAAGUUGAAGCAGUACCUGUUGUAUCAUCUGUAUUUAAUUAUGCAUCACCAUCAGUAACGACAACUGGAUCUUUGACUUCAUUUGCUGCACCAAAUUUUUCAUCUUACAACUCAAUAAGCUCAUCUUUACCAUUUAAUUCUGCUUUAAAAGAAACAUCAUCAGUAACAGCUCCGAAUUUCGUUUCUCAACCUUCUCAAUAUUUCUAUCCAAUGUCAUCACAUACUCUUUAUCAGUCUCCGUUAAACGCAACAGUAACUGAUCCAACAGUUGGCAUGUUCCAAGCAUAUUCCCAAUUCAAUGUACACCCGACGCCAAAUCCUUCGAUUGCUAAUCAACAAAUGGCUGCACAACAACAACAACAACAGAUUAGAAAAUGA